GGACCAUUGGGCAAAAACGGAAACCUGUGAAGUUGAGCCGACUCGAGGGUUUCUUCUCUCUCCCUCUCCCCUUCUCCGCCUUUGUAUUCUACCGCUGCUCAGCCGCAACUCAUUGUUGUGCCUCAUCGUCGUGGGCCGGGACGCAGCAAGCGAGGCCUCCUUCCGCCGAGAGCUAUUCUCUCGCCGAGAAGCGUAGCCCUCUCCCUCUCCCUCGACCUCCGCCCUCGGCCGGUGUCUGACCGGCGUGGUGUGGAGAUCCGCCCGCGCUUGGAUCGUUUUCUUCGUUCGUCGGUUGGAAUCCCUCGGUAGCAAUGGGACGCACGGUGCUCUCCGAUGACGAAGACGAUAUCGAGGAGGUCGGGGAGGAGGAACCGCGGUCCUCGCGGAGGGAUGGGGACGAUGAUGAUGAAGACGAGGAGGAUGACGAAGAAGGGCAGGAUGAAUUUGAGAAGGAUGGCUUUAUAGUUGAUGAUGAAGAUGAGGAGGAUGAGGAUGGAGAGGAAGAAGAACAGAAAAGUGAUGAUGAGAGGAGAAAGAAGAAAAGGAAGAAGAAAAGGGAAUCAGAAGACUUCAUGCUUGAUGAGGAUGACUACAUGUUGCUGCAGGAUAAUAACAUCACUGGCAUCAGUCGGCCGAAGCCUGGAAAUAAGUUUAAACGCUUGAAGAAAGCUGGAAGGGAAUCUGAAAUGGAUGAGCGUGGUUUGUCAGAUGAUGAUGGAACUGGGAAAAAACGUACUGGCAAGGAGAGAGUUGAGUACAGUUUAUUUGGUGACGCUCAAGAUGCUGUCACCUAUGAGGAGGACAUCAUUGAGGACGAGCAGCAGGUAGAUGAAGCUGAAGAACCAGAUGACGAUGAGGAUGAAAUGGCAGAUUUCAUUGUGGAGGAAGAUGAAAUUGAUGGGAACGGCCAAGUUGUAAGAAGGAAGAAAUUUAAAAAGAAGGUACCACGACAAACUGCUGGUGUAUCAUCAUCUGCCCUGCAAGAGGCCCAAGACAUAUUUGGUGAUGUUGAUGACUUGCUAGCACGAAGAAAGCAAGAAAUGGAGAGGGAGGCUAUUAACUCCGGUGAGUUGAGGGGCAAGAGGCUUGAAGAUGAGUUUGAGCCAUUUAUUCUUGCAGAGAAGUAUAUGACAACAAAAGAUGAGCAAAUAAAAGAAAAUGAUGUGCCUGAGAGGAUACAGCUGUCUGAAGAAUUGACUGGCUAUCCUCCAACGGAUACCACGAUGGUAGAGGAAGAAAGUGUAUGGAUACACAGCCAACUAACUGGGGAUGGAUUUCUUUCCUUUUUUGGCAAUGAGCAUGUGAACAAGGAUAUUGACCAGAAGGAUAUUGUUAACGUCCUGAACAUGUUGCAUGUCAACAAAUUUGAAAUUCCAUUCAUUGCAAUGUAUAGAAAAGAGAUGUGUCCAAGCCUGUUAAGAGAUCCUGAUUCCAAUGACCAGGAUAAUAAAAACAAUGACCAGGAUACUAAAAACAAUGACCAGGAUAAUAAAAAGGGUCCCGAAAUGAGGUGGCAUAAACUACUCUGGGCAGUUCAGACCUUAGACAGAAAGUGGCUACUUCUUCAGAAGCGCAAGGUCGCUUUAGAGUUGUAUUAUGAAAAGAGAUUUGAUGAUGAGAAGCGGAGGAUAGAUGAUGUCACAAGGCAGGAACUAAACCGGCAACUUUAUAAUUCCAUCAUUGAAGCACUAAAGGAUGCUAAAUCUGAGAAAGAGGUGGAGGAUGUUGAUGCAAAAUUCAAUUUACACUUCCCUCCAGGUGAAGUUGAAGAAGAAGGACAAUUUAAACGGCCAAAAAGGAAAUCCUUGUACAGUAUCUGUCACAAGGCAGGGUUAUGGGAGGUUGCCAGCCAAUUUGGACGUAGUGCUGAGCAAUUAGGUCACCAUCUGACAUUAACAAAAAUACCUGAAGCUGGUGAGCUUGAUAGUGGGAAAGGUUCGCCUGAAGAUGUUGCUGCAAAUUUCACUUGUGCAAUGUUUGAAACAGCACAAGAUGUUCUUCGUGGUGCAAGACACAUGGCAGCAGUCGAGAUAGGUUGUGAGCCAAUUAUAAAAAAGCAUAUUCGAGGCAUCUUCAUGGAGAAAGCAGUUGUAUCAACGAGUCCCACACAUGAGGGCAAUACGAUCAUAGAUCCAUAUCAUCAACUAUCAGGUGUUAAGUGGCUGAGAGAGAAACCACUGUGCAAGUUUGUAGAUGCACAGUGGCUACUUAUUCAGAAAGCAGAGGAAGAAAAGCUCCUCAAGGUUACCAUAAAACUGCCUGAAAAUGCAAAGAAAGAACUCAUGUCUGAUGCACGCGAGAAUUACCUUAGUGAUUGUGUCAGUAAGACUGCACAAUUGUGGGAUGAGCAACGGAAGAUGAUACUGGAUGAUGCCUUCUUUAAUUUCCUCCUUCCAUCAAUGGAAAAGGAGGCUCGAUCGCUUUUGACAGCAAAAGCCAAACAUUGGCUCUAUAUGGAAUAUGGGAAACAGUUGUGGAACAAGGUUACUGUUGCUCCUUGGAAGAAGAAGGAUGCAGACAAGAGGGAUUCUGACAUUGAUUUGGAUGAUGAAUCGGAGUUGAGAGUUAUGGCCUGCUGCUGGGGUCCUGGGAAGCCAGCAACUACCUUUGUAAUGCUAGACUCAUCAGGAGAAUUGGUUGAUGUUCUAUAUGCAGGUUCUAUCAGUAACAGGUCUCAAGGAAUUGCUGAAACGCAGCGGAAGAAGAAUGACCAGCAGCGAGUUUUAAAGUUUAUGACUGAUCAUCAACCACAUGUUGUAUGUGUAGGAGCAUCAAACUACAAUUGCAGACAACUCAAGGAUGAUAUUUAUGAGGUUAUUUUUAGAAUUGUAGAAGAUCAUCCAAGAGACGUUAACCCACAAAUGGAAAACUUAGCCAUUGUCUAUGGUGACGAGUCUGUGCCUCGCUUAUAUGAGAACUCACGAAUAUCUUCAGAUCAACUUCCUGGCCAAUCAGGUAUUGUGAAGCGUGCUGUGGCGCUUGGACGUUAUCUUCAGAAUCCAUUGGCAAUGAUUGCAACACUAUGUGGACCUGGAAAAGAGAUACUCUCUUGGAAACUGCACGUGCUUGAACAAUUUCUUACUCCUGAUGAGAAGUAUGAUAUUGUUGAGCAAGUAAUGGUUGAUGCAACAAAUCAGAUGGGUUUUGAUGUUAAUCUUGCUGCUAGCCAUGAGUGGCAUUUCUCGACUUUACAAUUUAUUGCUGGUCUGGGUCCACGCAAAGCUUCAGCUUUGCAGAAAGAUCUGGUAAGAGAGGGAUCAAUUUUUAGUCGCAAGGAGCUUGUAAAGCCUCUAGGCAGGAAAGUAUUCAUGAAUGCUUCUGGGUUCUUACGUGUACGGCGGAGUGGUGCAGCUGCAGCCAGUGCUCAGAUCAUUGAUCUGCUUGAGGAUACAAGGAUCCAUCCUGAAUCAUAUGUAUUGGCAAAAAAUUUGGCUAAGGAUGUCUAUGCUGAGGAUGCACCACAUGAAGUGAAUGAGAUGGACGACGAUGAACAAGAGAUGGCGAUUGAGCAUGUUAGGGAAAACCCAUGUUAUCUUAAUCGUCUUGUCAUUGACGAAUAUAUAAAGAGUAUUCCAGAGGAAUUCCGUAAAAAGGAAACACUGGAGGCCAUAAGGGAGGAACUGAAGUGUGGAUUCUCUGACUGGAGGACCCUGUAUACCGAGCCUAGCCCAGAUGAGGAAUUCUGGAUGCUUUCUGGUGAAACUGAGGAUAUGAUAUCUGAGGGAAGGAUUGUUCAAGUAACUGUUCGUAAUAUACAAGAGAGCAAAAUUAUCUGCACCUUUGAUUCUGGUCUGAAGGCCAUAGUUAUGGCAGACAACUAUUCUGAUGAGGGAUUUGAUCCAGCAUCAUCGCAGUUACAUGAAGGUGAUCUGUUAACCGGCAAGAUUAGGAAUGUGAAUAAAAAUAGGUUCAUGGUUUACCUAACAUGCAAGGCUAGUGAAAUGAGGAGAAGACCAUUCUCCAGAGGUGAUCAAGACCCCUAUUAUCAUGAACAAGCCAUGACCUCACAGACUGUAGAGGAUAAGGCUCGGAAGCAAAAGGAACUUGCAAAGAAACAUUUCAAGCCCCGGAUGAUUGUCCACCCUCACUUUCAGAACCUGACAGCUGAAGAAGCCAUGCAGUUCUUAUCAGAUAAAGAGCCUGGUGAGAAGGUCAUCCGGCCAAGUUCUCGGGGACCAUCAUUUUUGACUCUUACCUUGAAAAUUUUUGAUGGUGUUUUUGCACACAAGGAGAUAACUGAAGGUGGGAAGGAUCACAAAGAUAUAACAAGUUUGCUUCGCCUAGGAAAAACACUAACAAUUGACAAUGAAACUUUCGAAGACCUUGAUGAGGUUAUAGACAGAUAUGUGGACCCGUUGGUAGGGCACCUGAAAAGCAUGCUCUCCUACCGUAAAUUCAGGAAAGGGUUAAAAAAUGAGGUUGAUGAGUUGUUAAGAGCAGAGAAGGCAGAGAACCCUAUGAGAAUAGUAUAUAGCUUUGGCAUAUCUCAUGAACAUCCUGGCACCUUUAUAUUGUCAUAUAUUAGGAGUACAAAUCCACAUCACGAGUAUGUUGGAUUAUACCCAAAGGGCUUCAGAUUCCGGAAGAGAGACUUUGACAACAUUGAUCGCCUUGUGUCCUAUUUCCAGAAGAAUAUUGAUAAACCACCACCAGAUGCCGGACCAUCCAUGCGAAAUGUUGCGGCUAUGGUGCCUAUGAAAAAUUCAACUUGGGGUUCCGGUGGUGGUGCAGGUGGUGCAAACGAUGGAUGGAGGGGAGAUAGCAAUAAUGAUAGGGAUAGAUCAUUUUCUGGAAGAUCAGGAGGGAGGUUUGAUUCAAGGAACAAUUCUGGUGGUCGUGGACGAGGACGUGGGCGUGGUCGUGGCAACUUUGGCAAUGAGGACAAUGGUGGAGGCUGGACAGAUAACAUUGGCAGUGGCAGAGGUGGAUGGGGCACAGGCGGCAGUGGUGGCUCCUCCUGGGGUGCUGGUGGUAAUGGCAGAGGAUCUGGGGGUGGGGAUGCUGCUGGAUGGGGGGGUGGAGCUGGCGGUGAUAACAACAGUGGUGGAGGCGGCUGGGGAACAGCGGCUGGUGGUACAAACGGUGCUGGUGGUGGAAGUGGAGGGGGCUGGGGAGAAGCUGCUGGUGGCUCUAACGACUCAGGAUGGGACAGCGCUAAAAAAGCCGUAGCAGCACAUGACAGUGGGAGCGGCUGGGGCUCAGGUGGCGGCGGUGGCUGGUGAUGAGUUUGUCCUGCACACCUGCGUACUAGUGCAUCGGACAAGAAGUACAAGCUGAAAAAGUUUGCCUCUUUUUUGUUUUUGAACUUUUAUCCGAUUUACACUCAACUGCUGUCGAUGGAGCGAACUGUCGACUUGCUAGCAGUUUCUCUAGCUCCUGCAAAUGCUACUGGAAUGCAUGUACAGCCCUAGUGUGUCUGGUCAGUCUUGUUACUCUGAACUUGAUAGUAUGCCAUCAUUUCCAAGCUACUGCCUCUAGGUUUUAGCGCUAUUUUACUCGGAUGUAUGUUGCCUAAAAGAUGCGAAGCACGUUUAGCUGGA